CUGUGUGCCUCCUCGACCUUUUCCUUCCUCACAGAGGACCCUAUAGCCAAGGCGAGGCGGCAUUAUAUUGCAUUCCACCUACGUGCCGGUGCACUUGCUCUCGUCUCCUCUCCGAAUUUGGCGGAGGAAGAAGCGGCGAGGCGGCAUGAAGGAGGUGGCGGCGGGCGGCGCGGGGGUGUCCCCGUGCGCGGCGUGCAAGCUGCUGCGGCGGCGGUGCUCGCCGGGGUGCGUGUUCGCGCCCUACUUCCCCUCCGGCGAGCCGCACCGCUUCGCCAGCGUGCACAAGGUCUUCGGCGCCAGCAACAUCAGCAAGCUCCUCCAGGAGAUUCCGGCGGAGCACCGGGGCGACGCGGUGAGCAGCCUGGUGUACGAGGCGAACGCGCGCGUGCGGGACCCCAUCUACGGCUGCGUCGGCGCCAUCACGUCGCUGCAGCGGCAGGUGGAGUCGCUGCAGACGCAGCUCGCGCUCGCGCAGGCUGAGAUGGUCAGGCUCAGGAUGGCCGACGCCUACGGCGGCACCGCACGCCGCGGCGGCGGAAGCACCGCCAGCGGCUCGCCGUCCUCCAUGUCGUCGCCGACCAAGACGGCGGACCGCCAUGACAUGGCUGUGGAUCAGUCCGGCGUCAUGGAGCUGGAGCUGGAGUGCUCCAGGUUCUGGUCAUUCUGAAGGCUGGGCGACAAGCUAUAUUAUUACUUAGGCUGAUGAUUUAGUGCGUGAUCAGGUGAUGGUUUGGUAUAUAUAGAAGCAUUAGUAUUUAAAAGUAGACUACGGUGACACCGGGAGGAAGGUGAGGGCAGAGUGAAAGCCCUUCUUCUCUCCUCUCCUAUAUACGCCUCCAGCAAGUCCGCGGAUUUUUGGCUGUGCUUUUGUUGACAAGGGUGGAAGAAACACUCCUACAGGCUACAGACAUUUUGGUAUUUUGGUGUGUGCUUUGUGCUACCCCAUUGCAAGAACAUUGCUGCCCUUUGAAUUCUAUCUAGUUGGACAGUCGGACUCCGCAACAGAAAUGCAGGUUGUCAUGUUUAUGCC